CGGGUGUCGCUGGCGGCCCCUCCCCGUGUGGGGCCACGUGGCGGGCGCGGGCCAAGCCCUGGGGAAAGAACCUGGCCCGUGGGGAGGUGGGGGGGCGGGGGGGACCGAGGCGGCACCGCGCAGAGCUGCAGGUUCCCAGCAGAGAGACGGCGGCGGCGGCGGCGGCAGAAGGGAGGGGAGGAGGCAGGCGGGCGCAUGGGGCGCCCCGGCCCCGCCGGCAGCGCGCCCCCUCCGGCCCGGCCGGGCUGAACGACCCCCCGCCCCCUGCGCUGAGCCUCGACCCUGCUCCCCGAGGCCAUGCCGGUCAUGAAGGGGUUGCUGGCCCCGCAAAACACCUUCCUGGACACCAUCGCCACCCGCUUCGACGGCACGCAUAGCAACUUCCUGCUGGCCAACGCACAGGGUCCCCGGGGCUUUCCCAUCGUCUACUGCUCUGACGGCUUCUGCGAGCUCACGGGCUACGGGCGCACGGAGGUCAUGCAGAAAACCUGCAGCUGCCGUUUCCUCUAUGGCCCGGAGACCAGCGAGCCGGCCCUGCAGAGGCUCCACAAGGCCCUGGAGGGCCACCAGGAGCAUCGAGCUGAGAUCUGCUUCUACCGCAAAGAUGGCUCAGCCUUCUGGUGCCUCCUGGACAUGAUGCCCAUCAAGAACGAGAUGGGGGAGGUUGUGCUUUUCCUCUUUUCCUUCAAGGACAUCACUCAGAGCGGGGGCCCUGGCCUGGGACCCCCAGGGCUCCACGGGGACAGUAAUCAUGAAAACUCCCUUGGCAGGAGGGGGGCCAACUCGAGGCUUCGCUCCGCCAGAAGGCACAGCCGAACCGUGCUACACCGGCUGACCGGCCACUUUGGCCGCCGGGGCCAGGGGGGCAUGAAAACCAAUAAUGUCUUUGAACCAAAACCGUCAGUGCCUGAGUACAAGGUGGCCUCCGUGGGGGGCGCCCGCUGCCUCCUGCUCCAUUACAGCGUCCCCAAGGCCGUCUGGGAUGGCCUCAUCCUCCUCGCCACCUUCUACGUCGCAGUCACUGUCCCCUACAAUGUCUGCUUCUCCGGGGAUGAUGACACGCCCCUCGCAUCGCGGCACACGCUCGUCAGUGACAUCGUGGUGGAGAUGCUCUUCAUCCUGGAUAUCAUCUUGAACUUCCGCACCACCUACGUGUCCCAGUCCGGCCAGGUGGUGUCUGCCCCUCGUUCCAUUGGCCUCCACUACAUGGCCACCUGGUUCUUUGUCGACCUCAUCGCUGCUCUGCCUUUUGACCUGCUCUACGUCUUCAACAUCACCGUGACCUCGCUGGUGCAUCUGCUGAAGACCGUGCGGCUGCUGCGGCUUCUGCGGCUGCUGCAGAAGCUGGAGCGGUACUCGCAGUGCAGCGCUGUGGUGCUCACACUGCUCAUGUCCGUCUUCGCGCUCCUCGCCCACUGGAUGGCCUGCAUCUGGUACGUCAUCGGGCGCCGGGAGAUGGAGGCCAACGACCCGCUGCUCUGGGACAUCGGCUGGCUGCACGAGCUGGGCAAGCGGCUGGAGGUGCCCUACGUGAACGGCUCCGCCGGCGGCCCGUCCAGGCGCAGCGCCUACAUCGCGGCGCUCUACUUCACGCUCAGCAGCCUCACCAGCGUGGGCUUCGGCAACGUGUGUGCCAACACGGACGCUGAGAAAAUCUUCUCCAUCUGCACCAUGCUCAUCGGCGCGCUGAUGCACGCCGUGGUGUUCGGCAACGUGACGGCCAUCAUCCAGCGCAUGUACUCGCGCCGCUCGCUCUACCACAGCCGCAUGAAGGACCUCAAGGACUUCAUCCGCGUGCACCGUCUGCCGCGGCCGCUCAAGCAGCGCAUGCUCGAGUACUUCCAGACCACGUGGGCCGUCAACAGUGGCAUCGACGCCAACGAGUUACUGCGUGACUUCCCAGACGAGCUGAGGGCGGACAUUGCCAUGCACCUGAAUCGGGAGAUCCUGCAGCUGCCGCUGUUUGGAGCAGCGAGCAGGGGCUGCCUGCGGGCACUCUCCCUCCACGUCAAGGCCUCCUUCUGCGCUCCGGGCGAGUACCUGCUGCGCCGGGGGGACGCGCUGCAGGCCCACUACUAUGUCUGCUCCGGCUCGCUUGAGGUGCUCCGAGACGACAUGGUGCUGGCCAUUCUGGGGAAAGGAGACCUGAUUGGGGCAGAUAUCCCUGAGCCGGGACAGGAGCCUGCCUCAGGGGCCGGGGCCAGCUGCGUGCUGAAGACCAGCGCCGACGUGAAGGCUCUGACCUACUGCGGCCUGCAGCAGCUGAGCGGCCGCGGGCUGGCCGAGGUCCUCAGGCUCUAUCCAGAGUACGCGGCUGCCUUCCGGGCUGGGCUGCUCCGGGACCUCACCUUCAACCUGCGCCAGGGCUCCGACGCCAAUGGUCUCAGUCGCUUUCCCCGAUCCCCUCGUCUUUCACAGCCUCGCUCCGAAAGCCUGGGCUCCUGCUCUGACAAGACGCUGCCAUCCAUCACGGAGACGGAGGCGGGGGCAGAGGCGGGGGGCGUCCCCAAGCCCCGGCGGCCCCUCCUGCUGCCCAACCUCAGCCCAGCACGGCCUCGGGGCUCCCUGGUCAGCCUUUUGGGCGAUGAACUGCCCCCAUUCUCUGCCCUGGUCUCCUCGCCUUCCCUGUCCCCCACCCCUUCUCCUGCCCCGGCUGGCCAGGGCCACGGCCCCUCUCCCCAUGGUCCCCCCAGGGGCUCUGCCGCCUGGAAGCCCCCCCAGCUUCUCAUUCCCCCACUGGGAACCUUCGGACCUCUGGACCUCAGUCCCCGGAUAGUGGACGGCAUUGAGGACUCUGGCAGCACGGCAGAGGCGCCCACCUUCCGGUUCAGUAGGAGGCCAGAGCACCAUCGGCCCCGCCCCCCAGACCCUCCCACAGGAACCAGACCCAGCCAGGAGCUGGCCGCCGAGGCUGAGGAAGUCAAGGACAAGGUCUGCCGGCUGAACCAGGAGAUCUCCCGUCUGAACCACGAGGUGUCUCAGCUGAGCCGGGAGCUGCGACAUAUGAUGGACCUCCUGCAGGCCCGACUGGGUCCUCCGGCCCCGUCAGCAGCCUCGGCCUGGCCCCCAGACCCGACCUGCUCCCAGCGGAGGCCACCAGGCAUCCCUCCCUUUCGUUCCCCACCGGCGCCCGGUCCCCAGGACACCACACUGGCCGAAGUCCACUGCCCCGCUGGUGUGGCACCAGCCGCGAUGGCGGCUGCCCCCACUGACCCAAGACCCUCCAUGCUGUCCCCCUACCCCUCAGACCCUGACCCACUGGCACCCUCCCCGGUGCCAGAGGCCUCUCCGUCCACCCCGAGUCUCAUGAGGCACAGCUUCCGGUCCAGAUCAGACACAUUCCAUUGACCCCGGCGCCGGGCCCAGGCCUGUCUGGGGUGGGGGGGUGCAUGGCCGACUGCCAUCCGGGGAGGCUUCAGGUUAGCAGCCACCAGCUGGUCUGGUUGGCUCUGGAUUCUCUGGAUUUUUCUCACAAAGCCCGGCCACUCCUCCCUCUGUCCCUUCUCCAAACCUUCCCUGUCCUCCUCUGUGAGGAGGGCCACCUGAGGCCACCUGAGGCUCGCUGGCACGAGACGGACCCCGGUGCCCAGUGGGCGGGACAGAUAGCACAUCCUGCUCUCUCCCCAGGACCCCAGGCAGGCUGUCACGGAAGGUGGUCUCCAGCCGCCAGCAACUUGAAGAAGCCCCAGCAGUGUCUCCUGUCCCUUCUGUGCCCCAGGACCUCAGCCUGUCCUCCCCACUCCCGGAAAUGGUCUCACUCAGGGCCCUGACUCCUCACACACUCCCCUGGUGGACAGCCCUCCACUACCCAGCCACACUUGGACUCACUUUUGGAUAGGAAAUAAACUUUAUUUUUGCA